UUAAGGUUAGACGUCAUAAGUAUCACUCCGCGCACGCAGGCUCUGCAUGAAAGUAGUUCCGGCAGACUCGGCGGAUCACCUUGAGCUCGCGUUGCAGGGCGCAUCAUUCUCGGUUGACCGUCGACGUGCACAGGACAAUACCCAUCUCCUCCAUGAUGCCCCACACUAAAGCUCAAGACAUGGGCUCUGCCUUCAUCCAGACGCAGCAGCUCAACGCUGCCAUGGCCGACACUUUCCUGGAGCACUUGUGUCUGUUAGACAUCGACUCUGAGCCCACCAUCGCCCGCAACACUGGAAUCAUUUGUACCAUUGGACCAGCCUCUCGCUCUGUGGACAUGCUGAAGGAGAUGAUCAAGUCCGGCAUGAACGUGGCCCGCAUGAACUUCUCUCACGGGUCACAUGAGUAUCAUGGAGAAACCAUUAAGAAUGUACGUGAGGCCUGUGACAGCUUUCAGCCUGGCAGCAUUCAGUACAGGCCUGUAGGCAUUGCCCUGGAUACCAAAGGACCUGAGAUCCGGACCGGUCUCAUUAAAGGGAGCGGCACGGCAGAGGUGGAACUGAAUAAGGGAAAUAAGAUCAGAGUGACCCUUGAUGAUUCCUACAUGGAGAGCUGUGAUGAGGAGAACCUCUGGCUGGACUAUAAGAACAUAACUAAUGUGGUUGAAGUGGGCAGUAAGGUCUACAUCGAUGAUGGUCUCAUCUCGCUCCAAGUCCUAGAGAUCGGAUCUGACUAUCUUGUGUGUGAGAUUGAGAACGGAGGAACUCUGGGUAGUAAGAAGGGUGUGAAUCUGCCCGGGGCUGCGGUCGACCUGCCUGCUGUGUCGGAGAAAGACAUCAAGGACCUGCUGUUCGGUGUGGAGAUGGGAGUCGACAUGGUCUUUGCGUCUUUCAUCCGCAAAGCGGCUGAUGUUCACGAGGUCCGUAAGGUGCUGGGAGAGAAGGGCAAGAACAUCAAGAUCAUCAGUAAACUGGAGAACCACGAGGGCGUGCGCAGAUUUGAUGAGAUCAUGGAGGCUAGUGAUGGCAUCAUGGUCGCCCGCGGUGACCUGGGGAUCGAAAUUCCCACAGAAAAAGUGUUCCUGGCCCAAAAGAUGAUGAUUGGUCGCUGCAACAGAGCAGGAAAGCCAAUCAUCUGUGCCACACAGAUGUUGGAGAGCAUGAUCAAGAAGCCCCGCCCCACACGUGCAGAGGGCAGUGACGUGGCCAACGCCGUUUUGGACGGUGCUGACUGCAUCAUGCUGAGCGGAGAGACGGCGAAGGGAGAUUAUCCUCUGGAGGCUGUGAGAACCCAGCACAUGAUUGCUCGUGAAGCAGAGGCGGCCAUGUUCCACCGGCAGGUGUUUGAGGACCUGCGGCGCUGUACACCCCCCUCUACCGACCCCGCCGAGGCCAUCGCCAUCGGUGCCGUGGAGGCCUCCUUUAAAUGCAUGGCCUCUGCGUUAAUAGUCCUCACUGGGUCCGGCAGGUCUGCUCAUCUGAUCUCACGGUACCGGCCCCGCGCCCCAAUCAUAGCUGUGACCCGUAAUGGGCAGACCGCACGGCAGGCUCACCUGUACCGCGGCAUCUUCCCCGUACUCUACAACGAACAGUCUAAUGACGUCUGGGCCGAGGACGUGGACCUGCGUGUUAACUUCGCAAUGGACGUCGGCAAGGCUCGUGGAUUCUUCAAGCCCGGGGAUGUGGUCAUUGUUCUGACCGGCUGGCGUCCGGGUUCCGGUUACACCAACACCAUGCGUGUUGUUCCAGUGCAGUAAACAUCACACUCCUUCGCUGUUCCUCCUCACUUCAUUCCUCCCGUCACUCCAGCAGGCCCACCGGACCACCAUCUCAAAGAGCAUCAUCACUUCAGUUCUGUGUGCUUAUUUCUUAUUCAUCCACAGAUGUGUUACUAACAUGCACUGAAUGUCACGUUUUAGGUUUGAGGCAGAGGAGGAGAAAGAUGUGACCACACUGUACUGACUGAUUUAUCCACCGGUCAAAUGCUCUUUAGAGAUGGCUCCUCACGUGCAACACUAGUUUAUGUGCCGUCACUCUGCCUGCGGUUUGUUUUGCACUGUGUUCACACUCCCAAACCAUGUUACAUGUGUUUUAUUUUACUGUGAUGUGUGUCAGUCAGACAGGGAAACCAACGCGCUAUAAACAAUAUAAAUAUAUAUAUUUUUGGCUAACCUUAGAGAAAUGAUGACACCCACACUUUUCAUUUGUGUUGAAGAGGAACAGGAGAAUAGUUCCAGAUCAGAUCAGUGUAGGAAAAUAAGAAGUGAGGUGAAUGUUGAUGCUGCAGAAACGUCACAUUCCUCCCGUCAUGUCGCUCGUGUGUUUAUUUUGUUAUGUGUGUGUUUAAGUCUUCCUGCUUUGUGUCGCUAGGGAUCAAGAUGUUAUUAUAAAUCUAAGAGUAACUGUAGUAUCAUUCUGAAGUGUUGUUAUUCAAGACUGAAUUAAUAAAGGAGACAAGCACUUAA